UCAUAGAAAUGGAACACAAACUGUUCAAUAAUCACAAGAAUAGGCAGGUAAGCAAAAAAGUGUGCGAAUUGCUGAAAAUGAUGCAAAUCAUGUUCAAAAAAAGAUAUCGAUAAAAUAAUCGAUAUAUUUGGUCGCUGUCGUGGAAGAGAUUCGCUUAUUUUAAUGAAGAUGUGUGAAGUUUUAAAAAUGCUUAUUAGUUAACAAUAUUUUAAUUACGUUGCAUUUUAAUCAUUUCUUGACUAAUAUUAGAAGCUCACAUGUGUUAAAGUAUACUCCUUAACAUUUUGGGCGUUAUUAUUCUUCAAGCAAGAAAAUUCGGCCCCCCUUACCUGGACUAAUCCCGUACACCUAUGUAACAUAUAGGAGUUAACUAUCCAAAGUUGCGUUAGAGAAAACCUUGCUAAAACUUUUCUAGCCUUUUCUUGCAAAAAAGUGGGGGUGAGGUAUAGCCCCUGCCAGCCCAAAGGCUGCGCGGUGCCUGGAUACAAUCGCAGAAUAGAAAAUUCUGUGAUACAAUUUAGUAUGCAUUUCAGUCCGGGUACACAAAAUAAUUUCAAUAAUAAAUGAAUGUCAAAAAACCAAAGUUUUAAUACAAUUGCUCCUACUGCGUUGUUGCAGUAAAAUUUGGUAUAUCAAGUAAGUUAUCAAUAUAGACAAUGGACGAAGAUGGCUCAGUGGUUAGGUUUGUUGACUACAGACCAAGGUUUCGUGAUUUGCGUCCCUGCAAUUACCAGCAACUUAGCAUGAUGAGAGUUGGCAGCCCUCUCUAUUUUGAGGCAUAGGAAUCAUGUGGUGUAGUAACAUCGAAUCGAGACAACUCACCUUGCACCUGGCCUACUUCAAGUUGGAGCCGUGGGGUGAAGCCAAAAUUUUUCUGGUUUGGUAAAGAAAUAGAAGUAGUUUUUGCCGACAAAAAAAAGGCGACAACACAGCAAAAAUUACAAUUACAACCUUAAGUCUGAAUUCCGUAAACGUAACACUUCACAAGUGGGACAUUUCUCAAAAGGGGCCAUGCUCACGACAAGAAAAUGCACGGUGCUUCAAAUUGUAAUAUGCUUCAGUUUUCUCCAAAGAAUCUAGGUGUUUGUUGCGACAGCUAUUGGGAUGUUUCACCUAUAUUUCUUGAUGACAUCUUUUUGGUUAAGAAUUGCUCUUACCAAGGACAUUAGCUGAGGGAAAUUAACAAUUUGGCUUGUGAUGAGGAAUUUUAAUCUUUGUGUUUCCAUUUUAUUACAUUUAGGAAAUUGUUAAUGACAUAAUGAUCACGCUGUAUCGAUGCCGAGUUAUUUUAGGAUUGAGUCUUAUGUUUAAGAUUUUACUCGUCGAAUUACUAUAACAAAGUCUCUUCAAAAAGUUCUUGCAGAUUGUUAAUAAACCAAAUUGGAACCGUUAUUUAUGAAAUGUUUAAGACCCGUCGUUGACUGAACACUCCUAGAACAGGCUGAACACCCCCAAGAACACACUAAGAACAAGCCAUAGAAUCCCCAUUAAGCGGCUUAACACUCUUUUAAACAUAUUAAAAUCAGGAUACAAUUGGAAAAAAAAUUUGGUCAAUCAGUCAAAAUUAAUUUUGGGGCGGGAAAGGGCCUGAUAUGUCUAAUCCUGUUUGUGUUGUUAUAACCUGCUCUGCAGUUCCUGUUUAUAGGUACUAAAGCAAAGCACAUAUGAUGGAAAUUUCCAAAAACAGGACAUUUUUAUUUUUACUACACUUGACGAAGAAAUAUAUCUUGUCAUAGGUUUUCUUACUUCUUACCAAGCAUUGUAACUGAAAAAGGGCGUAGUUGUAAAGACUUGGGAAAAAGGUUAUGUUGUCAUCAUGUGAUUCUUUUUUUACCUCUGAACACUAAACUUCCUAAAAUCUUUCUUCCAUUGAACUGAUUUUCCGAAAUUCCAAUAAAACUACUAUUGGGGGCUGUAACACUCCAAACCCCACACCCUUUGUUCGCGACACCCUUGGUGAUGAGUAGAAGCAAUUAGGCAUCAAUCUGAAUAAGAAAUUGAGCUUGUCCAACUGUUCUGUAAAACAGCUGAUUAGAGUCUUCAUGCUUUGACUCGUACUUCAAUUUUCAUGGAGGCGGAGAAACUAAAACCGUUGAUGUCUCAGAUUAGAUACUGCCUGUUGAUUUGGAUGUUUCGAGAAAGAAAUUUGAACAAUAAGAUAAACUGAAUUCACGAGAGGGUUUAUAAUAGUAUAUAUUGAUGAUGCCUCAAGCUUUUGCUUUUGUAGAGAUCUAUAAAACAAUAUCACAUCUAAGUUCUAGCUUCAUAAAGCUAACUAUGGUGGAAAAAAUUCCUUACAAUCUAACCUCUUUUGAUGAACUACAAUUACCAAUACCAACUUGCCUCGAAUCAAACGGUCAUUUUUAUAGGAAAAAGUACGAGAGACACUAUAACCAGAAUUGAAAAAUUCAGACUCCCUUUAGUUAUUCAAAAUAUUAUUUAAAAAAACCAUAAGUGCAAAGCUUGCAACAACAUAUAAUGUAAGAUAUUUAUAAAAUUUGAGGUUUGUUUAUUGUAACAAGUAUUUCUCUGAUUUUUCGUAAGUGAUUGGUAAGCAUUUUCAGCUCUAAUUUAUUAACAAACCUUAAAACAAAGAAUUAACAAUACUAGAAAUAGAGCUGUGGAUAAUGAAAAUCAACUUCUACUGGUUUACCUUUUUAUCAGAAUGAUAGGCAUUCUAUGUUAACCGUGAUUUAUUCAAAAUUGCCAAGAAGUUGCUUCCUUGAUCUGUGUGACAAGUUUUUCUGGUUCUGUAGCCAUCAGAUUAGUCGUAUAUCAACAACAUCAACAACUAAUUUAAUAUCCUUGGCUGUGAAUUAUGGAAAUCAUAUGGGGGAAGCUCUUUGUGUAAAUAUACAGAAUUUUAUUUGUAUAACGCAUGAUAUUAUCACAUGUUCUCAGCUUUAUAUCAGCUAGAUGAUGAUUAAAUGAAAUUUCAUCAGAGUUAUUUUCACGAGAGGCUUUUGAGCUUUUCCUAAUAUUCGCUUGAGAUAACUGUUUUUACUUAUUCGUUAUGGUCUCUUGUGCCACGCUUCCUUGCGUUUUUCUUUCACUGCGCUACUAGUUUAUGGGUAAUACAGGGAAGUCUUUCGGUCUCCUGAGAAUAUGAUUUGUAAAACUAGGGUAGAAUUGAGUUUCAUGGCGUUUUCAUGCUCUUGGUUAAUCUAGAGGUAUUAAAGGUUUUGGCAUAGCGUGGGUCUCACCUUGCUUGUUGAAGCCACAAUACAAGAAAGCUGUUUUAUUAUCCUAGCCCUCCCUUCUUCGUUUUGUUUCUUUAUGCAAAAUACCUUUUCAGUAUAGCUUUGGAUGUUGAGUUUUCUUUUACGGCAUCAUUAAAUACCCUCAUACUUUUAGACAUCCUUUGUGCUAUUUAGCGCUUUUUGAUUCUAUUGAGUAGGACUGGUGCAUUGACUAUUAGUGGGGAAAAGAGGCUUUUCCUGUCCAUUUUCUCCCAAUUAUCAAUCAUAUUUGGGGGUUAUUGGGUAACUUCUCUUGGUAACCCCUUUAGUGAAUGACUUAUAGUAGGUUGUGCGAUAUGCGCCGAUGCACCAACGGCCCAUCUCGCUCUCGAUGAUGUGGGAACGUAGCCUCAUGACUGACUUUCUGAUGUCUGUGGCAGUUUUUCUGAAGGAACUUUAUGCCCUUUUUAUUGCAUUGGUAUUUCAUUCCCGAGUAAGCAAAUUAAUUGCUGUUUUCUAACUUAGAAGUCUAAACUUAUAAUAUGGUUUUGUGGUGAUGAAUCAUUUCAGCCCACGAACCUUUAUUAAAAGUUGCUAGGAAAUGCACACCCGUUGAAAGCCUUAUUGUAAAAGAAAGUCUAACACAUAUGCGCUUCACGCCAUUCACAGCUAGGCCCUGCAUGUCCGCCAUUACACUGUAGCAUUAGAAACGCGUUUGCGUCUCUACCAUAGAGAUAAGAUCUCUACUCAUGCAGACACGCAUGCCUAUGCAGAAAAUGCAGAAACGCAUAGUACACCUGCCUCCCCCCUGAGGAAAUGUUUCUAUUCAUUUCUAGAAUUUUUAAAUCAGCUCGUCUUUGAUGAUAGGGGAAAGUGGUCGCAAAGAGUUGGAAAUUCCAUCUGUUUCUGUCAGUUGAUUUCAUCUUUACACAAUUGCGUUGGUCUGAACCAGUUAAGAUAAAUCUGUUGGUACAAUGGGAGCAAAUCAAUCAAAUUUGAUCCCAAUGCCUGAUGGCUUUGACUACAUGGCCAUCACUUUCACAGCAACUGAUCGAAUAAGAAUUAUAUAUCCAACCUAUGAAGAAGUGACUGGAAUUAGAGAAACAAUUAUGCAUCAUUGGCCAAAUGGAAUACAACAAGAAAUUAAUGUGCUUGCUAGUGCACAUGAAUUCAAACUCAGGGGCAACCCUUUUUGUGGACAUACAUCUCUUCAGGAAGCAAUAAACUUACGGAAACUCUGUUGUCAACUGCUGUUUAGAUUAUAUAAUUUGGGAUGCAAGUUGUUAAUUUCAAGUGACCUAGCACAAACAACAGACUUGGCAACAUGGAUUUUUCAUAGAGAGCAGACACAGCAGGCCCAGUUUCAUUUUGCUGCCAUUGGGGUAAGCAGCACUGACAAGUUGCAGUUUGUAGAUUUUCCUGCCUCUAUGCAUCAGAUGUUUCGUGAUGUUGUUCAGAGGAACUGGCCAAAGAACAUACAAGAUGUUAUAGCCAUAAGUGAUGCUCUGGAAAUAAAGUUGAGUGGAAACCCUUGGAUGUCUGCAGGUGGAUCUGAAAAUGUUCAGUCGAAGACGCUUGUGAAGGCUCUUAUUAAUGAGCUUGAUGCACAAAGGUGGGUUCUUUAUGCCAGCAGCAAUUUGAAAGGAACAACAGAUACAUUGUUCUUCAGAUAUGAUCCAAACUUACCGAUGGAUGGCUCAAGAAGACCUGCAUUUGCUAUAAGCUUAAGUGGGUAUGAUCGUCUGAGGCUAGUGGAUAGCCCUGAAGAUGUAGUCAAUUGUGUAAAGACCAUGUUGAUUCAAUUCUGGGCGGGUGGAAUUCAGGCAGAGAAUUAUCAUUUCAAUGCUUAUGAAUUCAAACUUGCUGGUUAUCCUUGGUGGUCAGAUGGCACAGAGGCAAUAUACCCAAGGUUACUUAUGUGCAAGAUUUUUGAAGCAUUGAUGAGGAUCGGCUGGAGGGUACAAAUGGCAAUUGACCUUUCAAGAGCAGUUGAUGACAAGAGUGUGCUUACUUUUCAAGCUGGGCCCCCAAUUGCGGCUCCCAUAUUUUGCCUUUCACUGAAUUACACUGACAGAAUACGCAUCAUAAAUGCCCCAGCAGAUACUGUAGAGGCUAUAACUGAUGAGAUAAGACGGCUCUGGUUGUUUGGCAUACAAUGUGAAGAGGAAAAUGGCCCCAGCAUGGAGUUAAAACUGCAGGGAAAUCCAUGGAGGUACAGCUAUGAUGGUCAUGAUGGUGCUCAUGGUCGUGUUUUGUUGCUUCAUUUGUUAAAACUAUGUGCCAGUUUAGGUUGGUUUGUCAUUGUUUCAGCCAAUGUAUCUGCUAAGUAUCAUGUGGACAGAAGAGAUGAUCAUAGUACAACAAAAUACCCCCUUGAUGUCCACAGCUGGUGGUUCAUAAGAAUGGGAGGACAAGCAACUGCAGCUCCACAGAUUCAAGCCUUUUCACAACAGCCAGAGGUUUUGAAAGUGCUCCAACUUUUGAAUAUUCUUUAACUUCCAAAAACUAAUUCUUACAACAAGGACAAACUGAUUUUGUUUAACUGUUUUUGUAGCCCAAUAUCUAUUUAUCAUCAGCUUAUAUUUUAGUAAAUAGCACACACUAAAAAACUUUCAAAAUUUAGCUUGCAAUAAAGGUUGAUGUCCUAUUUAGACUGUUGACCAAAUUGGAUGUGCAAAAAGGGGAGUGAAAAUAAGUGUUCACAUUUUAUUUGAUUUUUAGCAGCACUAAUUUUGUAGAAAAACGCUUUAAAAAUACAAGUUAAGCUGAAGCAGUUGGGUUGUCCUAGGUGUUGUUUUUUCUAAAUUAUAGCUGAUUCCUAUUUUGUACGAACUAUUUUUGGCUUUUUCCAGUUAACUUUUAAUAAACCUCUAUUGCUAGGAGCUUGGGCACACCGGCACUUGAAUCGUGAUAUUUUUUAUGACAAACAUAAUCCCUAUUGGUCUCUAAUCUGCUAGUGUGCCCUGCAAAUGUAUUCUUUCUGGCUUUGACAACUUUUGCAUCAUCCAUCAAAGAAUCUUUCGUUGAAGCAUGACAAUGGGCAAUGCCCUGCAGUUUAUCCAAGUUGGAAAAGGCUUCCUUCAAUUUCAUAGUUUUGAUAAAGAUAAUUCCAUUU